CUGCGAAAGGUGUUGCUCCUUCCUCCCCAGCUGAGUUCACACCAAUACUGAAGGACAACGUUUGCUUCAUUGUGGCGGCAGUCUUGGUCAACUCAGAGGGCCAAGUGUUGAUGAUGCAGGAAGCCAAGAGUUCCUGUGCUGGACAGUGGUAUCUCCCUGCAGGACGAAUGGAGCCUGGCGAAAGUAUUGUGGAGGCAGCAAAGAGAGAAGUAUUAGAGGAGACGGGACUAGAGGUUGACAUCACCACACUACUUAUGGUUGAGUCAGCGUCUGGGUCAUGGUUCAGAUUCGUUGUGACUGGCAGUGUCACAGGAGGAGAACUCAAGACUCCAGCAUGUGCAGACAAGGAAUCAUUGCAAGCCAAGUGGGUGGAGAACCUGGGGGAACUCAGUCUCCGUGGGAAUGACAUAUACCCACUGAUCCAGAGAGCGAAACAGUACUGGGAGAAUCAGGAGUCUUGGCACCCACUGGUUCUCCCUGUGACCAGACCCCACACACGAUUGCUAAUGAGACUGGUGAUUGCCAUUCGCAAGAGGGUCAAUAACCGUGUGUGUGUGUUGACGAGUGAUAAGACAGCAACCCAUCUUCCAGUAACCGAAAUCAAUCCAGUUCGCUCCCUUCACUCUACUUUGAGAAAAUAUAUGACUGAGAUUUUUGGGUCAGAUCUGCCCCCUCAUAGACCCCAAGGUGUCCUCAAUGUUGAACUACAAACAAGCUCGCCCAGAGGCAGCCAUGAUGGCCUGUGUAUCACAAUACUUGUCCCAAUACGCAAAGCACUGGAGGAAGUUCCGCUCAUAGACAAGUACUCUUGGGUAGAAUUGCCCAAACCACUUGGCGAAGACCUCCUUAACCGCAUGGGCAAGAACAUGAUCGUACCAUUGAAUGUGAUACGCUAUUGGGAAUCGUGUGCCUAAGUUGAAGUCAAGUAAGGGACGCUAGUGGAAGCCGAGACCAGCUAAUGUGUCCAGUUAGAGCACACAAGGGUUUAACACAUGAAACAUUGCUUAGAUAUUUGCCAUUCUCCAUUGCUUUGAUGUACAGGUUGAAUAGGAAGUUUCCUUUAUGGGUUGAGAUAUUUUUUUGAUGUUGAAAAUGUUUUUUGUUUUAUUAUAUAUAUUUUUUAUUGUUAUUGUUUCUUAAAGCCUGUAAGAUUUCAGGAUUUAUAGAAUAUCUAUCUUUUGUUUUAUUCCUUUUUUUUUAAAUCUGAGUGAGUAUAUUACAGAACUAUUGUUUUAUCUCGCACUUUAAGAUAUAGCAUUGAACUGCAAUGGAGUUUUGGCAAUAUCAAAGGGAUUUAUUCAUAUGCCUGUUUAAAUAUGAAAAGCCAGUAUUGCCAUCACCAAUAUGAAACAUUAUAGUUAGUUCUAUCUGUACUAUUUAUUCAAGUGCAAUAAGUUUACUAGUUAGGUAACAUUUUUUUAAAAUCUUAAAAUAUAUACUUGAUGAAUUCUUGAUUUAAGUCUACCUUCCAUACUUAGCCUUUUUUCUCAACAUACAAUAACUAAGGAGAAUUGUUUUCCCCAUUUAAUUUCAGUUUAUUCUUACAGCUGACUCUUAAUACUUUUGAGAAAUGAACUUUAACUGGCAUUUUAACAGGUUCUCUUGCACUCUUUAACUCAAUAACGCCGGGUAAAGAAAUUUGGCAUGUGGACAUGAUAGCAAGGAUGUUAGCGUGUAUCAACAGCUUCCCCUGCUUGGUUCAUUUGGUAGUUUGUGGGCAAUGAUGCCGCUGCUGUUGGAGAAAAACAAGCUCCAUCCAAUGAGCCAACUUUGCAGGAAUGGUUGUGAUAUGAUGCUACCUGCUACUUUGUCCACAACAGCCAUGGCAUGUAUGUACAUGCCACCCGGCGUCAUGGGGUUAACAUCUGGUCUUUGCUCUUACUUUCAUAUAAGAACGUUCACCAUUUCAUACUAGCUUCGGGGUGUAUCAUUAUUUCCCUUACUUGACUUCUCUUAAAUGAAAAAGGUGAUUUCUUUUCAGGGAUUCAAUGAAAAUAUGCUGUCUUACUUUUUUUUUUUCAAACUCUUGAGAUUUUGUUUCUGAUCUUUUUUUUCUUCUUUUUUUUUUAAUGUAUAUCUCUCUGGAUUACAUGUGGCAUCUAGAGCAUGUAUUGACAGAAAAGUCCAAAUUUCUAGUGUAUUUUCCAGGGAUUUUGUUGGGCUCAAUUUUGUGAAUUCUCAGAGCACUCCACAGAAUUUCAUUACUUUCUGUGCGUAUCUUGUUACCUUUUUUUUUAUUUCAUACUUGGUUUGGUUUUCUUACAAAGGAAUGAUACAUUGUGGUGAGACUGGUAUCACAGUUGGUUAUCGGGUAGUGGAUUUGAUCUUCCGUGAUUAUAAUCUAUCUUGAAACUGUGUGAAUUUUUAGUUUCAUUUCUCUUUUUUAUCAGCUUGGUACAUUCUAUUCUCAUUAUCUUUGCUCUUCAGUAAUUUACUGAAAAAUGUUUGUUAAGAUAGAUUUUUGUUAAUUCCUUUUUUGAUAACUAUUUAGACCUGUUGUAUCUAUGCAUCCUCUUCCCUGGAAACAAUUUAGCAGCAAGAAUGUUGGAUAAUGUAUAUGUAUAUUUAUAUGCAUAUAUAUCUUUAAUAGGCCUACUAACUUAGAUUAAUGGUAAGGAAAGAAUUUGGUACAACAUAACUGUAGUAGAAGUUUGGACAUGAUAUUAUGUAUAGGUUGCUAUCAGUCCCAUGGAAUGUUAUAUAACUAUUCAUGUAUAUUAUUAAGACUUAAGUUUUCUGUAGAUUUCAUAGAUACUGUUUCCAUUUUUAUAAUAAUUUAUAUAUUUUUCAGUUUCUUUUUUGAUGUUUCACUUCAUUUUUUAAAAAUUGAAUAAAGUUUAUUUUUAUAUCUUUACUGAAUUACAUAGUAUAUACUAUAUGGUAACUUUUAUCUAAAAAAAUGUGAUUUAUGAUUAAAAAUAUUUU